GGGCCCGGGCGCUGCCAUGGAGAGCGCGAGCCAGGACAUCAACCUGAACUCGCCCAACAAGGGCCUCCUCUCCGCCGCCAUGAGCGACGUGCCCGUGGACGGCGCCGCCGCGCGGCCCCCCGCGCCCGACGGCCUCUCGGCGGCCGAGGAGGAGGAGCUGCGCUCCGAGCUGGCCAAGGUGGAAGAAGAAAUUGGUACCCUCAGACAAGUUCUGGCUGCUAAAGAGAGGCACUGCGGAGAGCUGAAGAGGAAACUAGGUUUGACUCCCUUGGAUGGGUUAAAGCAAAACCUGUCGAAAAGCUGGCACGAUGUGCAAGUCUCCAAUGCUUAUGUGAAAACAUCUGAGAAACUUGGAGAGUGGAAUGAGAAAGUGACACAAUCUGACUUAUAUCUUUCAGCCAGCAGCACACUGGAGGACUGGAAUGAAAAAAUAACUCAAUCAGAAGCUUAUAAGAAGACCCAGGAAACCCUGUCCCAGGCAGGACAGAAGACUUCAGCAGCCCUUUCCAAUGUAGGUUCUGUUAUCAGCAGGAAACUUGGCGACAUGAGGGCUCACCCCUUCUCGCAUUCUUUUAGCAGCUACUCCAUUCGCCACUCGAUAAGUAUGCCAGCGAUGAGGAAUUCUGCAACCUUCAAGUCAUUUGAAGAUAGAGUUGGGACCAUAAAGAACAGAGUGGUGGGCAGCAGGGAAAACAGCACUGACRGCCUCUCCUCCCCGCCGGGAGCGGGAGAGAAGCCUCCACAAGACAACGCUCCGUUCUAGACCUGCCCCGUGGCUUUGCACGACCGCAAGAGCAAGUCCCCUUCCUCCCAGAUCUUCACAACAGCAGCAACAUGCGAGCCCAAGAAGGGGCCGAGAGCCAGGCUGGAGAGACCCAUAAUCCAUUCAAAGACACUGCUACUGGAUCCAAGUCAAAGAGAAUGCAAAAGUUUUGUACACAAAUAUUUUACACUAAAGUUUGUAGAUUAAAUGUAUCACUGUGCUGUCCUCUUGGGAGAGCACUUCAAAUGGAGUUUCCUCGAGGUAGCUCAGAAAUGCUAUUGUUGUAGAAGAAAACACAAACUUUCCUUGUCUGUUAUAACUUUGAACAGGAAAAAAAAAGUCCCUAUGAGCAUGGAAAGGAGGAGAACAGUUAAAGUGCAUCUUAGUGUCAGCUUCUGGCUGUGCUCUGUUCAGAGCACAGCACGCAGUUACUCUGUGAUCUCCCAGGCUUCUCCUAUUACUGUUUCCUUCUGCUCUUGGGGGGAGUAGUCUGGUAAAUGGGCGAAACGUUUUUUUUCUGGGCUCCCUAAAGGGAAACUUCACUUAGCAGCUGCCUCGUUGUUACACUAAUGCUCUAGCUUUAAGAAAACUAAAAUCUUUAUUUUUAAAUGCAAUGAACUUUAAGAAAAAAAAAAACUUUAAAAAAAAAAAAAAGCUUUGGCAUCAUAUAGGGAAAUGUUCCCCUGRACUCCGAAAUGCAAGCCUUACAUCACUUUAUGCUUUACUUGUUUAAGUUUUCUCUCUCUAGAGAACUGUGAGGGUUAUAAAGCUGGAUAUUGAGCACUGGAGUUUUGCAUCAUACAGUAGUAGCAGCAUGCUUAUAAGCCAGUUGUUUGUGUUAAUUUUCAGUGGUGCACUCUGUUGCUCGAGUGUAUGCAACUUGCUUCUCCCUUCUCAGUUGAUGCCUUCAUUCUUGGAGGAGGAAUUUCCGAAGGCUGCUAGCGAGAGGCCCAGGUUAGGGACGGACAAAGCUGCCUCUAGCAACACGGACACUGCCUUGGAGGGACUGUGCUCUGUGGGACACUCCGCCUGGUCCAUCUGACUGUGAAUAUCCUCUCUGAGCUGAGAGCCCCAGCUACCGUCUUAGUUUACUGAAACGGUGGAGAGUUGUGGAGCGGAACUCAACCAGUUCCCAAGGYGGCUCUUCCGCUGUCCAGCUUCACUGCGAGGACCUGCACAACUAAGUUUUCCUAUAGAGGCCUGAUCUUAUUCUAGGUGAGGUGCCUCCACAUCAGAAAUACCUGGAGUGAGUAAUUCUGUGCCUUAGAGGCGAAAUGGGGCUUACUCAGG